AUGGUUAUUCAAGAUGGAGGAUAUAAAGAAUUAUUUAAAUCUAACAAAAAGUCAUUGUUGGUUGGAAUUUUUCCUUUUAAUAAUUUUAUCGAAUCUUCUUCUUCAAGCUUCUUACACUAUUGGUUAGGUUUUGAGCUUUUGUUUUAUUUUUAUUUUUUACUAACAAAAAGUCGUUUACAAAAACUAUUGGAACCUGUAACUUUGAGAAAAGAUCAACGCACCAAAAUUUUACACGAUUGUUUACAAGAAAUUGAAGACUUCAAAACUUGGAUUGAAGGUUGGUUUAAAGUUGGUGAUAGAAAAACCACCUUUGAUCAAAUUCACAGGUUAAACUUUGCAGAAUGUUUUUUUGGAUGUGGCUUUGAUCAGAUACAAAAUAAAGAACAUGAAAAUGAAAUCAUAGAAAUUAUCAGUUUAAUUGAGAUCAGUAAUAAUAUCAAAUUCCCUGAAGGUUAUAAUCCAAAUUGUAAAUGCAUCAAAUUAACUCUCGAUCCUGUUAAAGCAAUUCCUAGACCUUUUAUUUACUAUAUGGUAUGUGUUGAAACUCGAUUGUGCGGAUUUGAACAUAAAAGUUGUAAAGAAAGUAUCUUGAAUGGUUAUUGGUCAAGCACACUAGAAUUUGACAUUCAAGAAGAAAACUCUCUUUCAUCACUGUCUAAAAUUAGUUAUUGGUAUUUCAAUCCAAGUAACAAAAAAAGAAAAAAGAAAGCUCCAAUUGUUUUCAUACAUGGCGUUGGAGGAUUGUUCUGUUAUUUCACAUUUAUCAAAAAGUUACGGAAAUUAAAUAGACCUUUAUUUCUAGUUGAAUUGCCUUAUGUGUCAUUCCAAAUGGUCGAAGAUGUUCCAAAAAUGCAUGAAACUGUAGAAGAGAUUGAAAGAAUGAUAAUUUCUAAAGGUUAUUCUUCUGCAAUAUUUGUGGGUCAUUCUUUGGGCACAAGUGUUUGUUCUUGGAUGAUUAAGGAAGCACCAAAAAGAGUUAAAGGUUUAGUAUUGGUUGAUCCAAUUUGCUUCCUAUUGCAUCAUUCUGAUAUUGCAUUCAAUUUUGUAUAUCGAAAACCUGUUUCUGCAAGUGAGUAUCUAACUGCACUUUUUGCAUCAAGAGAAUUGUACAUAUCACAUUAUUUCUCGAGACAUUUUCAUUGGCACGAAACUGCAUUAUUCAUCUCAAAGCAAAAAAAUCUUUCGCAAAAAUGCAUUCAUUUAUUUAUCUGA